AUGAGCCCGUUGGAACCAGCGUCGGCACGAGUAACGUGCCACACAGCGCUGAUAAAACACUCGUCUUCUGGACUUUCACACACGCCUAAUACUGCGAACCCAGGCCGAGCACCUUUGCACACGCGCACAACGCCCUUUACCCAACAGCAUCUGCACUUGGACCGCGCCCAGACCGCCGGCCUGCAACACGCCCCUAUGACCGCUCACCAGCAGCAGCAGUACGCCUCACAGGAGGAGCUACACACAUACUCCAGCAACUCGCUGGACAUCCGCAACGGGUUUGCGGCGCGCGAGCGCGGCACGCCCUCGGCGGAGCCCGCCAGACCGCUGCACAAACAACCGAGCCCGACGGCCGUGGGCGAGCUGCUGGCUCUGCUCGACGACCAGGGCACACUAGUCGCAGCAGCGACGCCACCGCACUUAGACAGCCGCGGCUUUCUCACAGGCGAGCAGAUGAACGAGCCCGCGGUCGAGCUCAUCAGCGAGCCAGGCCAUGCACUUACCGGCCUUCCCACAGAACAAAUCUCGAGCUCGCGGCCUGGCCCGCACGCCGGCCCGCGGACUUCUCUGCCGACCCAGGUACACACCGCUGAGCACGAACGGCCGAGCUCGGGCUCGCGUUCGAGAUCCAGUGCCUCUGCACGCGAUAGCGCGACUAUACUUUUCGACGAAGCCCUCGCCGCACUCUCGCCGCCGGAGGAGCUCCAGCACUUGCACACGCCGCAGCACUUGCAGCCGGAGCAGCCGUGCAUCGACCCUAAUCUGCUGAGCAACUCAAAUUCCUACGUCGACUCGGGGCUUCAGCUGGACGAUUCCAACGUCCUCGAGGCCUUUGCAGACCAGGAUGAGUCACACUCUGUCCUAGACGAGUUCACGUUUUCGAGAAGGCCCAGCGAACCUGCUUCCCGGGCCUUUGCUCCCGAUCUUCCGGCGCGCGGUUCCAUCUCGUAUGCAACUGACUUUUGGAAUCUGCCUAGCUCCGGGUCCAAGUCUGGUUCCGAGCGCCCCGCCGAGAGACUUGCGGGCGACUCCAGGCUUCCCGCGUCCUCUGGUUUUCGGCCCACCCACAAGCCCCACCGCUCCUUCGCUGGUGUUUUGCCUUCGUCUCUCGGGGCCGCCCGCCCUCCUAGUGUUGGAGUACGUUCGGAAUCCCUGAAACCUUCUGGCACUUCUACGUCACCAUUCAAGAUCGAAAACGAGCUAACGCAACUGCUCAGCGACUACAAUCUCAGCUAUUCACAUCAAAAAGCUACAAAAUUCAGGACCGGUUCCUUCAACGCUUUGACCAUAUCCCGCAAGUCUUCUCUUUCGGAGCCACAACACCGCGUUCAAAAACAGCGCGCUUCGACGUCCCUGGUGGAUGGUAAUAAUCAUGACCUAAUAUCAAAACUCUAUGACGACAUGGCCACCCCAAGACCUCGGCUCACCAACCUAUCAUGGGAAAACGCAAUUAUGUCCGACGAUGAAGAGGACGAAGAGGACGAGUUAGCGCAGCCACUAAAAGCACUUGGAAACAGCCAUGCUGACGGAGCCGCCGGAUACAACUUCAAUUCUAACGACAUCUUGCAGCAGCUAGAGUCCGAAGCAGAGCCAAGUAACUCCAAAUUUAUACCCCCAAACCUGCUGGUUAACGACUCUAAUCAAGCUGCGGACAACAAUGCGAUUGACAUGACAAACUUAUCUUCCGGCUCCGCAGGUUCCAACACGCUCAAUCCGCUGCAGCUGUCUCUUACCGCUUCCACUUCACCAUCCUCGUACAACUCGAACUCCAACGCAAAACAGCGCAAGGCAACCUCAUUCUCCAAACCCUCUCGAAAUAGCAAGUCGUCUUCCCCAAUCGAGGAAGACGAAAAGCCUUUCAAAUGCCAGGAGUGUACAAAGGCAUUUCGGAGAAGCGAGCAUCUGAAAAGACACAUACGAUCUGUCCACUCUACUGAAAGACCCUUCCACUGUUCUUAUUGCGACAAGAAAUUUAGCCGAAGUGACAACUUGUCUCAGCACCUAAAGACUCAUAAGAAACAUGGUGACUUUUAG